AUGAAGCCCAUAACCGAUCAAACAGAGCAGGCACCUGAGAUUAAUGGCUCCCCGGAAAAUGCACAGCAUCCGUAUAAAAGACUCCAAAACCAAAGUAGUACUACCUGUAGUGGUAGCAAUGAGGUGCAGUCUAUGGAAAUGGUGUACAAGGAGAAGGCUAUUCCGCCGUGGACGCACCAGUUGACUGUAAGAGCUCUUGUUGUGAGCCAUGCGUUGGGGACUUUGUUCACUGUGCUAUUGUUGAAGUUACGUUUGACUACAGGAUUAAUCCUUACUCCUGCAUUUAUGCAUCCUGGGCUAGUAGGGUUCUCCUGCAUCAAAAUAUGGAUCACCAUCGUCGAAAGGUGUGGGAUUUUAGGCCAACCUUUUACCAGGCAAGAGAACACUAUGAUUCAAGUUUGUGUACUUGCAAUCACACGUGUUGCUCUUAAUGGAGGCCUUGCAAACUACAUUUUCGCUAUGAGCCGUAAUCUUGCAAAGCAAAUGCCUACUACAGAAGGCAAUGAUAACCUGAACAUUAAGGAUCCCAACAUUGCCUGGAUAAUCCCAUAUUUACUUGUAACAUCCAUCGUCGGCCUCGUCGCCAUGGUGCCACUUAGAAAGUUUAUGCUCAUAAACCUUAAAUUGGUGUAUCCUACUGGGCAAGCAAUUGGUCACCUUACUAACUGCAUCAACGCUCCUUUUACAACCAAGUUCGCCAGCUUCUAUUUUGAUUUCGUUGGUGCAAAUGUUGGGGUGGGCAUGCUGUGCACAUACAACACAUGCAUAUCGAUAUUGAUUGCAACAAUUUUCUGUUCUGGCAUCGUGUUACCCUAUCUUCGACGCAAAGCUGGAGUUUGGUAUGAUGAAACACUCCUCCCGGAGGACUACCGUGGGAUGUAUGGUUACCAAGACUUCGGUGGUUUGGCAAUGAUGCUUGGUGACAGCAUCUACAACGUCUUGAGAAUUGUUGGGGUUGCAUUGUUCCACAAACUCCGCAACAAAGACACUGCUGAUCAUCUUCAAUCCCCUCCUGAAACCUCACCUUCCGGUAAGGACGAACAGAUAAGGACCCAACACUUCCUCAAUGACCCAAUCCCGACCAAGCUAGCAACCAUCGCCUGCGCCGCACUUGUGGGCAUUUCCGCAAUACUACUUCCUCUAAUCUUCCGUCCGUUCAAAUGGUACUACGUCGUGGCCGUGUACAUAAUAAGUUUUGUUAUAGCUUUCAUCCAAGCACAUGUGGUCGGGCUUUGUGACGUUAUUCUCAACGUUACAUCUUUAGAUAUACGAUUUGUGUUCAUCUUCGGAGCAUGGGCGGGGAUGGCUCACGGCGGUGUUAUUGUCGGUCUGGUUGCUUGCGCGAUCAUAACCAACUUUAUCUCCGUCGCCUACGACCUAAUGACAGACCUGAGAACUAGCUACUUAACCAUGGCUUCCCCGAAGUCUAUUUUCGUUUACAAAGUCAUUGGAACUGUGUCGGGCUGCUUCAUCUCUUCCAUGACAUUCUGGUACUUUGAAAAACAUGAUAGUAAAGUUGGGACCGACCAGGCAUAUUAUACUGCAUAUAUUGGUGAAAAUUUUAGACAAACUGCUAUAUAUGGUGUUCAAGGAUUUUCAGGCUUCCCUAAGCACUACCUUCAGUUUUGGUCUGCCUUGUUCAUUAUGGGCGUCCUCAUCAACGUGAUCAAAGAGGUUUUGCCAAACAAGGUGGCAAGAUAUGUCCCUAAUCCAACAGCACUAGCUAUAUCAUUCUAUGUGGCAGGUCACAGUGGUGUUACUUUAUGUGUUGGGAGUUUGAUCGUUUUUCUAUGGAGGUGGAAGAAUAAGAAUCAGGCUGAUGCAUUUGCGCCCAUUGUUGCUUCUGCUUUGAUUUGUGGAGACGGGCUCUGGAAUUUGGUGAGUUCCGUAUUGGCUUUCAUUGGUUUCCUUAAGGCACCAUGGUGCGCCCAGUUUCUUCCAAGUCAAUAA